UUAUGUUUUUAUCUUGUAAGACGCCUGAAAUAUAGCCGACUUUACGAAUUAAACUUUGAUUAUCAGAAGUGAAACUGAUAUAUUUACGCGUUUUAAAUCUUAGGUUGUUCUCUUUAUAUUAUUUUGUAUUUAAAAAGUUCAACAAUGCACUUUUAAUUAAAAUAUAAGUUGUUAAUAAUUAAUAAAAUCAGAUAAUUAAUAAAAUCAGAAUAAAAUACUUAAAAUACCAACAUUAGUUCAUAAUGGAAGGAAAAAAACAAAUUGAUUUUAAAAAAGACUUUGGUCACUAUGCGACCAAAUAUAAAAGUUUAAAUCCAUUCAAUGAAAUAGACUCUAAAAAAUUACUUAAAGAUAGACUUAAACAAAAUUUAGAAGAUGCUAAGCCGAUUGAUGAAGAAGAAGAAUCAAAAACUGUUACUAUUGACUUUAUUAAACAAGUUCCGCAGCUAGAAGAUGUAGAAUUAACUAAAUCAGACUCAUUAUGUAAUAUUCCUAAAUUGUCAGAAAAAGAAGCAGUAAGAAGAGUACGCAAUAAAUUUAUAAAACUACAGCUUUUAUAUGCCCAAGAAUACAGGUAUUUGUUGUUCAAAUAUCGUGUUAAAAGACGAGAAUAUCUAUUAAAUAAAAAAAGAGACUUAGAAACUUAUGGAUUACUAGGUAAAUCUAAAUGGUCAAAUGAAGAAGAGUAUUCCAAACUUCGCAAACUCAAACUAUUAGAACAUUAUCAGAAAAUGUCUAUUGGUCAAGAAGCGGUAGUAUUUAAAACUGCCAUGGACAGAAAAAUUAGAGCAACAGCAUUAUUAGGAAAUAAAGGGAAAGCCUAUCAUCCACACUGUUCAUUUGUAGAAAUGGGUAUAAAAUGUACUGGUAAAAUGUUACCAAAAAGUAAAUUUUGUAGAAAACAUAUACUUAAAGAUCCUAAACAAGUCUUAUUUAGAGCAUGUGGUAUUCUUCAAAGUGAUAACAAAUGUCAAGAACCAAUAGUAGACUUUGAUGGUAAAUUAACAUGUGUACUACAUGAAAAAUUACCUAUGCUUCGUGAUUAGGUUAAAUAUAAUGAUUAUUAUUCAAGAAUUAGAAGUAUUAAUGUUAUUUAAUGUAAAUACUUUUUAAGUUACAAAAUGUGUAUUUUAGUAAAUAAUUUGCUUUUUUUAUUUUUGUGCUGUUUUUUAUAAAAUAAAAAU